UUUGAUCGCCCAACACUUCUUCAGCAGUUGUGUUGUGGUGGCAGCUCAGGUCACUUGCGGGCACCUCGAGGUUUCCGUAACAAAAACCCUAGAUUUCCGGAGAUUCCACGAUGGUCCUGUCGUACGUGGCACCGUACCUCCGGCACAUCGUCGUAAUCGGGAUGGCCGUCGUUCUGUUUGCCGUGCUGUCCCGGGAACCUGGCUCCGAACCAGGUCGCGAAGCGUCCGAAGUCAUUACGGCAGAGGGCGUACUGACCGAGCGCGAACUGGCCCAGUACGACGGCACCGAGGGCAGCAAGGGCCUCUACCUGGUCAUCCUCGGUCACGUUUACGACGUGCAGAGCGGGGCCAAACACUACGGACCCGGCGAGUCGUACAACAUGUUUGUAGGUCACGACGCGUCCCGCUCGUUCGUGUCGGGCGACUUUGAGCAGUACACGCCGGAAAUGAGCGACGUGAGCGCGCUGACGGACGCCGAGAUCCGCGGCAUCGUCAAGUGGAAGUCGUUCUACGACGAGACGUACCCGUACGUGGGCAAGCUGGCGGGGCGGUACUUUGACGCGCGGGGGGAACCCACGGAGUACAGUCGGGUGGUGGAGCAGAGGGUGGCGCGGGCCGAAGCGGAAGAAGAGGCGGCGGCGGUGAGAGGGGAGGAACUUCCGACGUGUAACGUCGAGUGGAAGCAGGAGAGCGGAACGCGGGUUUGGUGCACCAGUCGGAGUGGGAACGGGGUUGAGCGGGGCUGGGUGGGGCGGCCUAGGAGGUACGCGGAGACGAGUGAGAAGCGACCGCUUUGUGUUUGUGUGCGGGAAGGGGGAGAUACGGAGCAGUUGGUGCCGUUUGACGGGUGUGAUCCCGCGAGUGACAGCUGCUUUGUCAAGGAGGAGGAAAAGUAGGGAAAUUGUGGAAAGGCUUGUUUUUAGGGAUUUUCGAAAUGAGUAAAAGAAAUGACAGUUCA